CAAACCCAUGACGAUAACAUCUAGAUGGGGAAUAUGAGAGCGAGGCAAGAGGGCAGCAAUCAUUGCUAAUGUUUGCCUCCUUACCAACUGCCACCGGCGAUCCAACGGUUUAGUAACUUAGUUCGGCACAUUCAUCCAUGUCCUGAUGGCGACGUCCAACCAGAACGCUUCAUGCACCGGGCACCAACACCAACACCAUUUCGCUUGUUUGCUAACAAGAUGCAUAUCACCCCUGUCGCACACCCAGAGGCAGGCACAAGGUCCGAUUACAUCAACUUCUCGGCCGCAAGGGAAUUUCCUUUAUCUUCGUCUUAUAUCUGCAAAGCAUAUUCCCGGUGCUCAGACGAAGAUGGGUGAAGCCCAGACGGCAAGCCGCAUUCACCUUUCUCACUUUGUGUGACCAGAUGUUCCUGCAUCCAAUUUGUUAGGACUCCCACUUGCACAAUGGUUUCCAUCGCAUACCACUCGGACCACGACAUCUCCGGCAUUCUGACCAUCUCACACGGAGUACUGAGUUUUGUGGCCACUGUUCUCUUCUUGCUCAGACUUUAUGCCUCAUGGCGGACACCACAUGCAAUAUGGACAGCAGAUGUUCAUAUUUCUUUGAUAGCUUUGCUGGCAAAUCACGCUUUGCUUGCUAUUGAACUUGCCGCUGUUCCACUCGGUCUUGGGACCAACAUUCAAGAUGUCAUGGAAAAUCAACCUGGCGGUACGGCCCCUCUGUUCAAGUGUAUUCUGGCCAUCGACAUUAUACACUGCGUAGCAUGCUCAGCCGCCAAGAUAGCAGUCCUCGCAAUGUACUACCGCCUUUUCUCAGCUUCAAAGGUUUUGCGGUGCUGGGUAUGGGGAACAACGAUCGCAAUAUUGCUGUGGCUCAUUGCCGUGAUUUUUGUCAGCACUUUCUCGUGUUUGCCCGUAGAGUACCACUGGGACAAGUCGCUUCCGGGUACCUGCAUGGGGAUCAGCAAAAUAGGGAUCUUAUUCCCGAACAUCCUCUUCGACAUCAUAGCCAUGGUCCUUCCCAUCAACGAGAUAUGGAGGCUUCAGAUGCGACGGACCAAGAAGGCGGCACUCACAGGCAUCUUCUUGAUCGGCGGCAGCGUAAUCCUCAUCUCCAUCUCCCGGCCGCUUCUCUUCUGGAUCUUCCGUCCGGUGCCCGGUGUAGCGCACAACGUCAGCCAGACGACCAUCUUCCCUUACACGGCAUCGGCCGCCGAAGUCUGCCUCGACAUCAUCGGCGCCUGCCUGCCGCCCUGUGCGUCUCUCUUCAGGCGCUUCUUUGGUGGCGUCGUGAGCGUUGUGAAAUCAGGACAUCAUUACUCCACCUCGCGGGGCAAAUCCAGCGGCAAAGAUUCGUCUACGAAGAGAUCCAGCAAGGUACACGCGCUCACCAUCGGUAAAGCGAGUAACCGCAAGCGGGCCGCCGCCGCUAAUGACACGAUCGAUCUCGAGGGGUCGUUUGAACGGCUUGGAGACGGGGUCAGCUGGCAGGGUUCGACGGAGGAAUUGUAUGGCAUGGAUGAUCUACAGCACAGCAAAGCGAACGUGGGUGAUGGCAAGGAACGUGAUGGGAUAUGCGUCAGGCACGAUAUCCAAGUUCAUCAUGGGGGCCCAGUUACGGAGGAAGACAUCAGAAAGUGGCACCGGGGAGAUGUCUUCGACGGGAGAUCCAGCAGACUUUCGGGAGAAGCUAGGGGUUUGUGAGUCUUUCAAGUUGCGUUUUUACUUAUCUGAUGUAAGAUUUUGUACAUGUAGGAUCUAAGUCAAACCCCCCACUUCCCGGCACCCCCCUGUUUCUGGCACCCACAAAAACGCGAAAAUCCACCACAACGCAAUGCCCACCCCAACCUCCUUUUAUCACAAC